CCUCCUCGCAUUUGACUCAUGCCUAGAGGUUGUAUCCUUAUUGCUUAUUGCCUGCUCUUCUUCUUUAUGACCUUGAAACGAGGCCGACGCUUUGUUCAUUCAUAGCUGUACUAUAUUAUUCCUUUCUUACUUAUUGGCGGAGGAUUUGAUACCCGCUCUUCUUGUUCUGGUAUUUGGAAGAUGAACAAUUGGCCUAUCUGCGCAUGAGUUCUAAUCUCAUUUUGUCGGGCUUUUUUUUGUUGCAACUUUUUUUCUUUUCUUUUGCAUCACAUGGAUUUGGACUACAGACUCGCAACCUCAUUUGCAUUUCUUUCGUCCCAUGUACAAUAUAUCAUUCACUUUCUCCUGUCCCAUGUUGUGAUCGCUCGCGUUCGUCGUACCAUGUUACCUCGCAUUCGCACUUUUCUUCCCUCUGUUCGACACUUCAUUGUUAUCUCCCUUUUGUUGGCCUUUUGCUUGCUUCUUGCAUCGAGACAUGUCUUUGCCGCUCCGCAGAGCGGACCCCGAGCAAUCAAAGAAUGAAAUGACCGUGCAUCUAGCGAAUCCUCUCUCAGCCUUUCAACAAGUUGUCUAUAUGAACUUAUGAUGCACGCUGCACACGUAGACCCUGUUUCGGCAA